CUGCUCACCUGGAGACAGAGCCUGAAGAGGAACGUCACUCUCAGGCUCAGCCCACAGACUGGCCAACCAGACACAAAAUUCAUCAUCAAAACCUGCCUGAACAAAGCACUGACAUUUCUGUUGACGCCACCUCAGAUACCAUGCCACCAAAUAGUGUCAGCUCAGGGAGUUUAUCUCAUGCUGUUUCACCACAGCCUAGACAAAGACUGCUUGGUAUUUUUAGAAGACAGAAAAUGAAAAUAGCUGAAGUGCAGAGUCCACAGAAAGAAGGCAUUUUGAUACAGGAGAAAGAACCGGGCACCACACCAAAUCUCUCCCUCAGUGCUACAGAUACAACUAUGGACAAAACUCUAAGCGUCACACAUGAAGCUAAACCCACAGAGAUGACAGAGGUCAGAACACUACAACUCGCAGCACUGCAGAACACUUCAUUUGAGGAGACAGUGGCCACAGUAGAUGAAGACACUGCAACAGAAGGCAAAGCUGAGAGACUCUCCAACCUGAAAGCUUUCUGGGAGAGAGAAAACACUGGCCCCAAAAUCAAAUUUCUCAGAGAAGACAAAAGCCAAGGAGACAUCUCCAAGACAGGAGCAGACACUUCACAUGGCCCUAAGACAUAUGUGGACAGCUUAAACAAUAUAUUAGCUCAAAACGAUACAAUUGACGAUACAGCUGGCAGGUCCCAAGAAAAUAUUUUGUUACCACAAACUGAAUGUAGCCUCCUUGUAGUUUUAUCGAACGAGGAUGGCACAUAUAGAGCUAAUCCAGUCCUCAUAUAUGAAGACACAGAUGACUCUUUAACUGGUUCAGUAACAGAGUCACAGGAAAUCCUUCCUGUAUGUUCCUCUUUAGCUUUUAAUGCUCCAAAGCAGCAAGAGGGUGUUCCAGUCUCUCUUCCCAGACAGUCCAGUUCCAGUCCUCUAGAGAACAGGCCAGCCAAGAUCACUGAGCUUGAGAAUUUAUGGCAGACAGAAUAUACUGGACCCACGGAAAACACUGCAAUUGUCAAGAAUGCCUCAAGCAGCUCAAUACUCGGUGCCAAGAUGGUUUCCACUCAGUCUGAUCAAAGAACAUUUUUAGAUAACAUAGCUAAGUCUGAAGGAGAAGAACCAAAGUCUCCAUGUAAAACCAACUUGAAAGUCACAGACAAAGGUUUUGUUACUCAGAGUCCAGAAAGGCCACAGCUGAGGGGUUCUGGCAGUGCUGGGGAUGCACAGUCAACCUGUCACCAACAACCAGUCAAGGCUGAUGCAGAGUCUCAACAAAGGCCCCUCAGUCCCAGUAAGUCCCAAAUGUCAAGAUCAAUGGACCAGGAUGAAGAAGUCAGGAUGAGUCCAUCUAAGACCUGCCACCCAAGGGUCCUACCAAGAGAAUCCUCCAGUCCUAUGAGAUCCAGGCUGGAGGAUUCUCCUUUGAAAACCUUUUCAAUAGACAUCACCCCUCAAACUAAGGCUUCUGAAGAGCAACAGAGGAAGCCAUCACCAGUGCCAAGACAGAGGAAGAGUCCUUCACAUGGAGCAAAGCAAACAGCAUUAACAGAUAAUAAACCUAGCACAGACGUCCCCUCAUGUCCUCUACCCUUACAUGCAGAGGACAGAGAGGAUUACUAUGAUAACGUAAACACACAACAAAGUAAUUCAAGUUCCUCUAAUUCACCACAGUCCAAACUGAGGACCUUUACACGCCUUGCCAGAUCUUUUAUCCCUCAGGAUUAUCAGCACUACCUCGGGCCACAGAAGAUGGCCCAUGUCCCUCCUUUUCACCAAGAGAAAGAAGUUGCUGGUGAGAAUGAUGCGGAACACAGAACACAAAGUUUCCUCAGAGAUUUUGUAGGUAACCAGAGUGACAAUUCCACUGUGGGGAAUCGUCCCAGAAGCAAUUCCUGGAUUGUGCAAAAUAAAGACAGAAACUCCUGCCAAGACACAACAACCAGGGCCUGUUCCCUGUCUCGGGCAAGUUCAGGCAGUUAUGAUGAGAGUCCCAUCAGGUCAGCUCUGAAACGAUUAUCUUCAAGGAUGUCUUCGUCCAAAAGUCUGGAAAACCUCACCUCACAACCAAGAGAAGAGAUGACAAAACAUGAAUCAAGACAGCAAAUUGUGGAUGAUGUUUCAUCACUUCCACCCUCAGCCUCUACUCUGUCCAACUCAAAGCAGAAAAAGACCAGUGUGUCAGUGCCUGUUCUCCAGCAGGACGAGACAGACAGUGACAGCACUUUUGAGACGAACUUGGGCUGGAGAAGAAACACAGGCAGCUCCACAUCGAACAUCAGUCUCUCCUCAGGAAUGGCCUCCAUGUCGUCUGUCAGCGGCAGCACCAGCAGCAUUUUCCCUGGAGACCUCGGUGACAUUGAAGUCCAGGGAAACAUCCAGUUUGCUGUGAACUACAUCCAGAAGCUGGGAGAAUUUCACAUCUUUGUGGUGCACUGCAGGGAACUGGCCGUGGCCGACACCAAGAAGAGCCGCUCCGACCCGUAUGUGAAAUGUUAUCUACUUCCUGACAAAACAAAGUUGGGGAAGAGAAAAACCACAGUAAAAAAGAAGACUUUUAACCCCAACUACAAUGAAAUCCUUCGAUUUAAGAUCAUAAUAGAGGCGUUGAAAACACAGAAUCUGAAUGUCUCCGUGUGGCACAACGACACCUUUGGGCGGAACAGCUUCUUGGGUGAAGUGGACCUGGAUUUGUCAGAGUGGGACUUCAGCAACACACAGAUAAAUGAAUACACAUUAAAGUCCAGGGUAAUGUCAGCACAAUCCUCAAACCACCCGUCUCCCUCCCAUCUGAUGGACAGCAGCGGACAGAUGAGAGUGGCCCUGAGAUUCCUGCCACAGACAUCCCACAGUAAGAGAACAUCUAGGAUGGAGACUGGUGAGGUGCAGAUUUGGGUGAAGGACUGCAAGAAUCUCCCUUCAGUCAGAGGAGUGAUCAUCGACCCGUUUGUCAAAUGCACUGUACUACCUGACACAAGCAGGAAAAGCCGCCAGAAGACACGGGUGGUGAAGAGGACAGCCAACCCCAUGUUCAACCACACCAUGGUGUAUGAUGGCUUCCGAACGGAAGACCUCAGAGAGGCCUGUGUGGAGAUCACAGUGUGGGAUCACGACAGAAUGAGCAGCCACUACAUCGGCGGCCUGAGGCUUGGGCUAGGGACAGGGAAGAGUUACGGGGUGGAGGUGGCUUGGAUGGAUUCGACUGCAGCCGAAGCAGAUUUAUGGCAGAGGAUGUUAGAGUCUGAUGGUGAAUGGGUGGAGGAUGUUUUGCCUCUAAGAAUGUUUGUGUUGGCAAAAAGCACGUCAAAGUGAGAGUGGAGUGUGUUGACAGAUGUGUGGAAACCUCGUAUGAGCACGCUGAAUGUACAGUUGGAUAGUUGGAUCUAAACCUCGAGUGAAAGCAGUGAAAGUCUGGAUGACAGAUGAUCAUUGUAUGAUAAAUUUAUACGAAUAAAGAAAUAUUAAUGAUAUAAACCACUUGGGUUUAUAUAGGCUAAACCACAUGUUAAAUUUGUCAUCUCAAAAUGAUUAUUUAUAGAAAUAAUACAAAAUAGGGCAGAAGACACAAUCAAAGUUAUAAAAUUGUUGUGAUCUGAAGAUACAUCCAAUCUGAGCACUUGUGAUUUGUAUAAAGUUUUGUUGUUUGUUUGUGUAAUUAGUGCCUCAAGCAUCUUCAAUAAACAGAAUAUUAAGGUGA